GGUGUUCCAUGAACAUGGGACAAAAGAAAAUUCAAUUAACCUUGCCUUACUAAUAACCUUCAAAGUGAGCGUUCUUACGGGCCUCAAAACAUAACGAUAAACGCCAAAAUACCAUUCAAAAUUGCUGAACCAUAAUUCCAUUCAACAAUAGGCUUACACAGAUAUCUGGGGCAAUCAUGGGUAAGAAAUAACAAUGGUUCUAUUGGAUAUCAUAACGAUAUUUUGAGUUGUUUACACACAUAAUACACGCACAUACAUAGUGCUGAUACCUAGUCACCUUCUACUAACUGGUAUGAAGAGAAAUAGUGCUCCUGAAAGACGAAAUCUGUCAUUCGUGUUGUUUCAUGCUAUUUGCCUCUUCCGCUCUUGAUCAGUCAGAACCCCUGAGUUCUUUACUAUGUUUACUGUCUGAAAGUGAAUAAGCCGUAACUUGUGCUAGCUGUCCUUUAACUUUCCUGUUGAAGCUCAAGCGCCAUUGGCCCUAUCGGAAAGGCAAUUCUUUCUCCGGGCUGCAUGCUAUACCGACAGCUUUGACCAUCGAUACUUUGAAUGGGGGCAGCUAGGAUGGGAUCACGGAUAGAAAAUACGAAGCGGUGGUUGAGUGACCGGUGGGGUUGGGUCGUCGUGGCCGGUGCUUCGGUGAUUUACUUUCUCGUCUUCGGGUUCAUGCUUGUCUUCAGCAUUGUGUUCGUCGCCCUCCAAGAAGAAUUCAAGAGUUCAGUCACCCAAACAGCAUGGAUGGGCUCCUUGCCGAUAGGUAUUUGCUGUGCCUGCUCACCGCUAAUCAGCCUUCUGAUUGAACGCUUUGGGCCUCGUGCUAUCGUCGUGACAGGAUUGGCAAUCUCGUCGGUUGGCAUCAUUGUGACGUCAUUCUUGCACUCUCUUCCGCCGAUGUACUUCUCGUUUAGCUUGGCCUUUGGCUUUGGCUCUGGGAUGGUGUUCUUUGGUUGCCUCAGUCUCACCCUCACCUACUUCCCCCUUAAGAAUUCAACCAGGUCCACGGCAAUUCCCAUGGCAAGCUCAAACCUCGGUGCAUUUACCCUUGGACCUUUGACCUACCUUCUACAGACACGAUACGGAUGGAGAAACAUGCUAAGAAUCAUGGGAUCGUUGAUAGGGGUCAUCUGCAUACCCCUGAGUUUCCUGGUUUUGAAACCGCCAUCUAAACCAAGAAUAGAACACAAAACGAUUUGCGCGUCCGGAAGAACGAAAUACUCUAAAAUAGCUUCACAGGAGGACGAAAAUUCCGACGCUCGAAAUGAAGGCAUCAAAAGUCUAAACAAUUCUUCCAGGCAUGAAACUUCCGCAGAAAUGGAUAAAACCAUUGAUGAAUGUGAUUUGUGUGAUAACACAGAGAGGAUGGCCGAAGGACGAAAAAUGGUUAUCAAGGGUAGGGCGUAUCAAGAAAACGAAACUCAACGUAGUCCCAUUUGCAGAAUUCUUCGUACUCUAUUGUAUCCAGAUGUCUUAUUGCUCUCAUUUUCUGUAUUCGGAUAUGGUCUUGUAGACUCCGUUGUGCUCAUACAAUUGGUAAACUUCGUGAUUUCUAUCGGGCACACGGCAGAACAAGGAACACAGGCCGUCAUGGUCAUGAGCAUCUCCAUCACGAUCGGAAAAAUACUGCUAGUCCUAUUUGCAGACAUGGCGCCGUUUCCUAAACUUGGCUUCUUCCUGAUCGCGAGUUGCAUCGGAUCUGGUAUACUCUUGUCCUUUCUGUGGGUGCAUGAACACAUCGCUGUGCUGUUGUUGACGGGCACAUUGGGCGUGACUGUGAUAGGUACAUGUGACAGUCUUCCGUAUUCAGUUUCCAACAAUACCUUCGGUGUUUCAAUAGGAACCCAAGCCCUUCCAAUCAUUGCCUUCUUCCAUGGAGCUGGAUUCAUGUUUGCAUCCUUUCUCGGUGAAAGCGUAGAUCGGACUGGAUCGUACGAAAUGACUUUAUACGUCUGCAUUGGAGUUUACGCCGUGUGUGCCUUGUUUUGCGUUCUAGUUCCUGUUCUCCAGAGGUGCUUCGCCAAAGACCGUUUUGUUAUGGACGUUUAUUUCGAAUGCAAACAUGAAGAAAGUACCAAGGAUGGAAUACAUACGAGUAAAAUAGAAAAAGCACUUUGUGUGGAUGAAGAAGAAAACGUAACAUACAUUGUCACGGAUAAGGUGUCUUCGGUAUGAUUUUUGUUGUUGUUGCUUGCAUCCGCACAGGAAGUUAAAGGAGCUGGUUUCUUUUAUUGAUAAGCUAAAAUAAUUUCAGAUUAGGUCAAUUCCCCCCCAAAUACAUGUGCCUGCUUCGUAAGUGAGCAUAUCAAUAGCGAGUUGUAGCUAAAGAAAAUUCAAUUUAACGACAGGCCAAAAUAAGUUGACUGCUAAUUAAAAUUCUCGGAAAAAAAAUCGCCACGAGAAAUUUUCGAACCCUUUGUUUUUAUUUAUUGCAAAGAUUAAUAAAAUUCCAUAGAAAAAUAUGCACCAGAUCCUUUAGUUUUAAUAAUGAUUAAAAAAG